CUCGGCUCGUGGCCCCGCCCCGCUCCCAACCCUCCAGUGUCGCUGACCGCGACGCCUUCUCAGGGCAGACCCGAGCCCCGGGUUAAUUAGCUAAUGGUCCCUGGGUUCCUCGGAGCCUCUAGUCCGGCCAGCCCAGAGCUUGUCCGAAACUGCAGUGGGUGCAGCCUGGGAGGGCGCCACAGUUCCCUACAAUCGGUUCUUCCAGAACUCCAAGGCCCAGGGGAAUUACCCGAGAAAGCAAAGAGGGGCCCAGUGGCACUUGGGAAGGUGCCCGGGGGCAAGGAGGUGUGCACGCAGUGGGUAGGGGUCCAGUCUGUGUGCGCUUGUGGGGCGCUCACCCCAGAGCACAUGGGGCACAUGGGCGACGUGUAAGCCAGAGAGGCGCCCAGCCUAACCGCGGACUAGAAUCUUUGGGUACACAAGGGUUUCCAGAAUGUGGGGGGGUGGGGGUCAAGGCUUCUACCCCUAGUUGGCAGUAGGUGUGCUGUGGGCCCAAAGAGCUUAGUGUGUGUGUGUGUGUGUGUGUGUGUGUGUGUAACUCACUGAGGAGAGAGAAGUGGUAUCCUAUCCCAGAGCAGCUGUGAGAUAGGCUUAGACUAGGACAUUUGUUUACCAGAUAGGGUCCCAGUUCAGAGCAGAAAGGGGGAAGGGUGUGUGUGUCUUUGUAUGUCUGUGUGUGUCUUCAGGCUUCCAGCCCAGAGCACACCAGCUAUGGGGUUCAGGGGUGAGGUGUAGUAGGCAGGGACUCCUCCAGUGUCCCCACCCCAUGACUUAGGCAGCCUUCAGGGCUGGGUCUACUCCUCCCACCCCCUUCCUCCGGAGGUCCUUCUGCCCCUGUCCCAGCCCUAGCCUGUACACAUUUUCCAAUUUCCUGCAGCCUCCGCCCUGCAGCAAAGGCUGGGUGACUCAGGACCCUGGUGGCUGGUCCCCCAGCUCCAAGAGAUCUUUGUUUUCUCAGGCCUUUGGCUUUGGCCCUCUUGCCUGGGGCGGCCAAAGGAUUUCCUGAACCUCGCCCUUGCCCUCUGACUGCCUGGCCAGGCGGCCCAGCAGAGACCUAGAGUGGGGGGUGUCUGAGGCUGGGUAGCCACCUUUCCACUGGGCUCAGGAGAUGGAACCAAGAGAGCCAGGGCCAGGCCAGAGAUCCCCAGAGGAUGAGAAAGAGGUGAUCCGUCGGGCCAUCCAGAAGGAGCUGAAAAUCAAGGAGGGUAUGGAGAAUCUGAGGCGUGUGGCCACAGACCGCCGCCAUCUGGGCCACGUGCAGCAGCUGCUGCGAUCCUCCAACCGCCGUCUGGAGCAGCUGCAUGGCCAGCUGCAGGAUCUGCAUGCCCGUGUGUUGCUGCCCAGCCCGGCUGAGCCUGUGGCCUCUGGCCCCCGGCUGCAGGCAGAGCAGUCACGGGCUGGGCACCUGGAGGCCCUGCGGAGGCAGUUGCAGGUGGAACUGAAGGUGAAGCAGGGGGCUGAGAACAUGACGCACACGUGUGCCAGUGGCACCCCCAAGGAAAGAAAGCUCCUGGCAGCUGCCCAACAAAUGCUGCAGGAUAGCCAGCUGAAGGUGGCCCUGCUGCGGAUGAAGAUCAGCAGCCUGGAGGCCAGCGGAUCCUCUGAGUCAGGCCCUGAGCUUCGGGCAGAGGAGCUACAACAUCGGCUGCACAUUGAGACAGCCGUGGCCGAGGGAGCCAAGAACGUGGUGAAGCUACUUGGUGGCCGCAGGAUACAGGACCGCAAAGCCCUGGCUGAGGCCCAGCUCCAACUGCAGGAAUCCUCCCAGAAGCUGGACCUCCUGCGGCUGGCCUUGGAGAAGCUGCUGGAGGAAUUACCUCCUGCCCACCCUCUGCGUAACAGGGUGGCCCAAGAACUGCAGACUUCAGUGCUUGGGAACAGCCAGCCUUCAGGAAUGCUUGUGAAGCCCGUCGCCCUGACAGGAACACUGCAGGUCCGCCUCCUGGGCUGUAAACAGCUGCUGACCACCGUGCCUGGACGUUCUCCAGUGGCUGUGCUGGCUGGCAGCCCCUCUGAGGGCUGGAUCCGAGCCAGAGCCAAGCAGCAGCGUGGUGGAGCCGAACUGGCCAGGGAGGUGCUGGCUGUGCUGAAGGUGGACAACCGUGUUGUGGGCCAGACAAGCUGGGGACAGGUGGCUGAGCACUCCUGGGACCAGACCUUUGUCAUCCCCCUGGAGCGAGCCCGUGAGCUGGAGAUUGGGGUGCACUGGAAGGACUGGCGGCAGCUGUGUGGUGUGGCCUUCCUGAGGCUGGAGGACUUCCUGGACAAUGCCUGUCAUCAGCUGUCCCUCAGCCUGGUGCCACAGGGGCAGCUCUUUGCCCAGGUGACCUUCUGUGAUCCUGUUAUUGAGAGAAGGCCCCGUCUGCAGAGACAGAAACGCAUUUUCUCUAAACGCAGAGGCCAGGACUUCCUGAGAGCGUCCCAGAUGAAUCUCAGCAUGGCAGCCUGGGGGCGCUUGGUCAUGAACCUGCUGCCCCCCUGUAGCUCACCAAGCACCAUCUCCCCACCUAAGGGGUGCCCUCACACUCCAGCUACACACCAUGAAACCUGCAACCCUGCUUCCCCCAGCGAUUUCCUGCCCAAGAAGACCUCCUUGGGAGAAGAGAUGAAGCCCCCACCCAAGCCCCCACGCCUCUACCUGGCCCAGGAACCAAACCUGGAGGAGACUCCAGUGCCGUGCACCAAACGCCCACACAUGGCGCCUAGGACCGGACGCACACCCACCCCUGCAGCCUCACCUGUCAGGAAAGCCCCCCGGCUUCAGGACUUCCGCUGCUUGGCUGUGCUGGGCCGGGGACACUUUGGGAAGGUUCUCCUGGUUCAGUUCAAGGGGACAGGGAAAUACUAUGCCAUCAAGGCUCUGAAGAAGCAGGAGGUGCUGAGCCGUGAUGAAAUCGACAGCCUCUACUGUGAGAAGCGGGUCCUGGAGGCCGCAGGCCGCUCGGGGCACCCCUUCCUGCUAUCCCUCGCGGCCUGCUUCCAGACUGCCAGCCACGUCUGCUUUGUGACCGAGUUUGUGCCUGGGGGCGACCUCAUGAUGCAGAUACAUGAAGAUGUCUUCCCUGAGCCCCAGGCCUGCUUCUACCUGGCCUGUGUGGUCCUGGGGCUGCAGUUCUUACACGAGAAGAGGAUAAUUUACAGGGACCUGAAGCUGGAUAAUCUUCUGCUGGAUGCCCAGGGCUUCCUGAAGAUCGCAGACUUUGGGUUAUGCAAGGAAGGGAUCGGCUUUGGGGACCGGACAAGCACCUUCUGUGGCACCCCAGAGUUCCUGGCUCCUGAGGUGCUGACUCAGGAGUCCUACACACGGGCUGUGGACUGGUGGGGGCUGGGAGUGCUGCUCUACGAGAUGUUGGUGGGUGAGUGCCCGUUCCCAGGAGACACGGAAGAGGAGGUGUUUGACUGUAUCGUCAAUUCAGAUGCCCCAUACCCCCACUUUCUGUCUGUGCAAAGUCUAGAGCUCAUUCAGAAGCUCCUCCAGAAGUGCCCAGAGCAGCGCCUAGGGGCAGGCAAGCAGGAUGCCGAGGAGAUCAAGGUGCAGCCAUUCUUCAGGACUACCGACUGGCAGGCCCUGCUUACUCGCACAAUCCAGCCCCCCUUCGUGCCCACGCUUUGCGGCCCAGCAGACCUGCGCUACUUUGAGGGAGAGUUCACAGGGCUGCCACCGGCUCUGACCCCGCCUGCCCCUCGAAGGUCCCUCACCACCUGCCAACAGGCUGCCUUCCAGGACUUUGACUUCGUGUCCGAGAGAUUCCUGGGGCCCUGAGGGCUCCCCCACACCUUUGCCCAUGCCCCUAGACUACUGGAACCCCCACUUGCCCAUCUGUGUGCCCACCCAGAGGCCCAGGUUUAUAAGCUGUAGGACUCGCGGUGGCAGCCAGAGGGCUACUGUCACUGAGCAAAGUGUGUCCUCUGCCCUUCCUCCUACCUCUCUUCUUCCUGGCCAAAACUGGACCCGAGAGGGUACACAGUAAGGAGUGGCUUGAUUUGUCUUUAAUAUUUGACUUGCUUUAUGGAUUAUUAAAUUUGAAAAACUGUG